AUGUUCACCACUCAGCAGUCAGGCCCCGAUCCCCCCUUCAGAUGCCCAAAUCCUCAGUGUCCUGCUCGCUUCCACGACGAAUCCCUCAUUCUAUCGCAUCUCACAUCCGACAGAAGCUGCACCCUUCAGGUGAUUGACCAGUGGAUGGCUGAAGGUCGCACUGAUGCAUCUUUCGGAGCGUCUCAAGAUAACUCUGGAAGUGAUCGGUACGAUGAGGGUGCGGGUGAAGAGGCUAUGCCUACGGCUCAGCCUGGCCCGUCCUCGGCUAAUACAGCCGAUUCGCUGCAAUCAUCUCGGCGUGCAGCAUUUCACGUCCACGAUCCCAUACCUGCCCCCGUACUCCCGGUUUCUGAGACCUCCCCAUUGCCGCGCUUCGAGACACGGGAUGAUGGCAGGGCUACUGCUCACACAGUGCCACCAGGUGCUACCCGUGUUCUCCACGCGAAUACCAGUGCUAUCUGGUCAGGCGGGCCGGGGCAUCUUUUGAAUCAGGUCGCGAGUGAUCCUUGCGUGCAGACGGGUAUCAGCUCAGGGAACAUCCACUACCCUUUUGCAAAUCGUAUGGAGUGGGAGCUUGCCCAGUGGCUCGAGACUUCUGGCCUUUCAGAUGUUGAUAAGGAUCGGUUCUUGAAACUUGACUACGUCACCACACUUCAGGAGCAUCAGAUAUCGUUUGCAUCGGCUCGAGAACUGCGAAUACGUGUUGAAUCGUUACCCAAGACGCCACAAUGGCAUAGCAUCGUGUUUGAUAUACCUGGAUUUCAGACUGAGGAGCCCAUGCAACUAUUUUUCAAACAUGGCAUCGAGGUCAUUGCGGCGAUGUACGCCAAUCCGAUCUUCGCUAACUGCAUUGACCAUACUGCCUAUCGUGAUAUACGGGACAAUAACUUUGUUUGGGGUGAGUUCAUGAGUGCCGAUCUCGCCGAUCAUCUUCAGUCCUGCCUACAUGAUGGCGAGACUCUUCUGGGUAUCAUCACUUCAUCUGACAAGACUCCGCUGACGGUCGGGACGGGGAACAAGCAAAUGUAUCCCUUUUUACUUGGGCUUGCUAAUAUCCACGGUGCUGUUCGAUUGAAGGCUAGCUCGCAUGCAUAUAGUGUGGCCGCUUAUCUCCCCACUCCGAAGUUCCGAAAUGUACCUGCAGGUGUACAGAGUACCUUGGCUUCGCGUGUCUAUCACUUCUGUGUCGACAUCGUCACACAAUCUCUCAAGGAUGCAUGCCGUCGUUCGCAGUUCCUGCCCGGGCCUGAUGGCAAACUGCGCCUCUGCCGAACACCUCUUGUGGCAAGUGUUGAUGAUCGUCCAGAACAGGUUCUCAUUGCCUGUACGAUGCAUAAUCAAUCGUCUGUGACUCAUGCCACUUCGAAGCAGUUUGGCGAUGGUAAACUGUACCCGCCGCGCACUCGCAAUGAUACUCUGGCCCUGAUCAAUCAGGCUAUAUCGGAAUGCCCAGACGUGAAUAACAUCCCGCGCUUUUAUCGAGUAUGUCAGCGGCUCGGAUUGAGUGGUGUUACCGAUCCGUUUUGGCGCGACUGGGGGUCAGACGACUUCUAUAUGGCUUGUCCAUCAGACUUUCUGGUGCCUGAGCUCCUUCACACUGGUCAUAAGUUCUUCUGGGAUCACCCUGUGAAGUGGGUCAAGCAGCUUAUGAAGCAAGAUAACGAGAUUGACUUCCGUCUCAUGGCUCUCCCACUACGAACGGGGAUACGCAGCUGGUCAAACGGCAUCACCGGCCUCAAGCAGGUGACAGGAGCUAUGCAUCGAGAUAUCCAGCACGUACUUGCCCCGAUAAUGCAUGGAAGCGAAAACGUACCUUAUGGUGUAUACACCGCAAUUCUCCUCAUGAUUGAAUAUCUACGAGACUCGCAUAAAGAUAGCUAUGGACCAGAUGACUUAACCAGUCUCACUGCUUUGAUCGACGCCUUCCAUGUGUACAAGAAUGCUAUUCUCGAAGCGAAAGCUCGCCGGGGUGAAAAGGGGAAUGUGCUUGAACACUUCGAGAACAUACCCAAACUCGAGCUUCUUCUAGGGAUAGUGCCCAGCAUACGUCGUUUGGGGGCAAUCUAUCCUUACACAGCCGAUGCAACCGAACGUACCCAUCAGCAUUCAAAGUUCUUCUUCCGCCACACCAAUAAGGCCGCGAACUAUCGGCAACAAGUUGCUCAGCAGAUGUAUAGACAGGACUGUUUACGACAAUUCGAUCUCUUUCUUUCCUCCUGGCUUGAUGAUGAAGCCCGGCCCAUUGAUCCAUCAUUCGAUCUGACAGAAUACGCCCAGGAGCUGAUCUUACAAGGCUACCCAGAGAAAGCAUGGCGCUCUCAGCAUGGGUUAGCAUCGAUGUCAGUCCGAUCUCGGGUGUCUCUCUUCGCAUCUGGGUGGUCAUUCAAUCUCAACACUUCCCAUGCCACGGCUGUGAGUCUCCGAAGCACCCCGCACUAUCCCGAAAUGUCCCUUGUUGAGGCUGCGAAGCGUUGGCGGAUUCCCGACAUGCUCUCGCUACUCCGUCAUCAUGUACCAGGGGAUAGGAUACUCGGCAUCUCCCAUCUUAACAUCUGGGUCGAUGUGCACUUUCAGGCUCGAUCAAGAUCUAACUCUCGCAUCAUCCUACCUGCUCAGAGGAUUGCAGCAGAGCCUAUCAGCAAAGAUCUUCCAUAUGGUCUAUGCAACACCAUACUCAUCGGUACAACAGUGCAAGCUAUGGCUCCAGCAACACCAUAUCGUUGUGCCUUGACUACGGAGCCAAGUGAUGAAGGUAAAGAAAAGCUUUUCUAG